AGAAUUUGUAGCAUGCUCCAAACAUUAUCAGUUGAUCUGUACUACUGGAUGGCAUGUAUGGAGAGUGCAAGUGGGAGAAGAGUGAUAUCAAAGUUUGGCCUAAAUAACCACGAGAGUCAGAUUUUUUUCCUGGCACCAACCUCUGCCAGGCCAGUCCUGGUUGAACGUUUUUCAGGCCAGACCCUUGCCAACAUCAACAUGGGUGACAUUGAAGAUUGCAUUCAGCAGGGCCAAUUGGCCCUUCAGAAUUUAAAGAAGAAAUGUUAAGAGAGGUAAGGGGUCAGCGGGUACUGCCUGAGGACAAAGAGGGCAUUACAAUAAUCCUACGGUAUAUGGCAGUACCCGACUGAAACGCAAAUUCAAAGCAACUGCUCUUUUCCAGGAGGUGUAUGACUGGGCAGGGUCACAACAGAAUGUGCCCCUAAAUUUUACUCUGCAGAGACAAAAGCACGUGGUCAAACACCAAGAUCCCCUUCUGGGCAAGGAGGUGCUAGAUAUCUGCGAGAGGGAUCCAGAGGAAGCCAAGGCUCUCCUAGAUGACCAGGGACGAGGCCUCAGUGCUGCGACACUUGGGGGAGAUGGACAAGACUGUUCUCCUGACCAGGGACGAGGCCUUAGUGCCGCGACACUUGGGGGAGACUGACUGGACUGUUCUUCUCCUGACCAGGGACGAGGCCUCAGUGCCGCGACACUUGGGGGAGAUGGACAAUACUGUUCUCCUGACCAGGGACGAGGCCUUAGUGCCGCGACACUUGGGGGAGACUGACUGGACUGUUCUUCUCCUGACCAGGGACGAGGCCUUUGUGCCGCGACACUUGGGGGAGACUGACAAUACUGUUCUCCUGACCAGGGACGAGGCCUCAGUGCCGCGACACUUGGGGGAGAUGGACAAGACUGUUCUCCUGACCAGGGACGAGGCCUUAGUGCCGCGACACUUGGGGGAGAUGGACAAUACUGUUCUCCUGACCAGGGACGAGGCCUCAGUGCCGCGACACUUGGGGGAGAUUGACAAUACUGUUCUCCUGACCAGGGACGAGGCCUUAGUGCCGCGACACUUGGGGGAGACUGACAAGACUGUUCUUCUCCUGACCAGGGACGAGGCCCUAGUGCCGCGACACUUGGGGGAGAUGGACAAGACUGUUCUCCUGACCAGGGACGAGGCCUUAGUGCCGCGACACUUGGGGGAGAUUGACAAGACUGUUCUCCUGACCAGGGACGAGGCCUUAGUGCCGCGACACUUGGGGGAGAUUGACAAGACUGUUCUCCUGACCAGGGACGAGGCCUUAGUGCCGCGACACUUGGGGGAGAUGGACAAGACUGUUCUCUUGACCAGGGAUGAGGCCUUAGUGCCGUAACACCUGGGUGAGACUGACAAAGACUGUUUCACUCCUGACUAUAAGAUUGGCAAGAAUGUUCCCCCUUCUGGUGAAUGAAUAGGCUCUUGUAGAGACAAGACAAUCAGAGAGUUU